AUGGCUAUCGCCUCUGAUCUACGGAGAGCACCCCACUGCUAGGGUGCGGCUGCAAAACUGCACGCUUUCUGGUUAAAAAAAUAGCGACCGUCGACUUCCAGAGCGUUGAUCGGGGGAGCCAAAAAGGCACGAAACUGUCAUUUAAAAAAAAAUAAAAAAUGGUGUACGCGGUCCAUAUAGAGUAAGGUCUGCACGGCGGCUGCUACUACGAAGCCAGUGACUGCCAGAUACUCCCGCUACAAGCCGAGAACUAUGGCAGUGCGGCCGUAGCGGAGCAGCCUUUUGUCUGGCAGAGGUCAGGAUGCGGGUCUGCUUGCUCUGAGAGCCGCUGAGGUUCCUGGAGCGUUCGGCUGCUUUGCACCGCACAGGGAAACCCAUUACGGUCCAGGGCCGAUCUUUAGGCAGCUGUCUGGCCUGCACCAUGGAGUUGAGGGUGGGAAACAAAUACCGCCUUGGACGAAAAAUAGGGAGCGGCUCAUUUGGGGAUAUUUACCUGGGUGCCAACAUCGCCACGGGGGAGGAAGUGGCCAUCAAGCUGGAGUGUGUGAAGACCAAACAUCCACAGCUGCACAUCGAGAGCAAGUUCUACAAGAUGAUGCAGGGAGGAGUGGGAAUCCCCUCCAUAAAAUGGUGCGGUGCCGAGGGGGACUACAACGUGAUGGUCAUGGAGCUCCUCGGGCCCAGCCUGGAGGACCUGUUCAACUUCUGCUCCCGCAAGUUCAGCCUGAAGACCGUGCUGCUGCUGGCUGACCAGAUGAUCAGCCGCAUCGAGUACAUCCACUCCAAGAACUUCAUCCACCGUGACGUGAAGCCGGAUAACUUCCUCAUGGGCCUGGGGAAGAAGGGCAACCUGGUCUACAUCAUCGACUUCGGCCUGGCCAAGAAGUACCGCGACGCUCGCACCCACCAGCACAUCCCCUACCGCGAGAACAAGAACCUGACGGGCACGGCGCGCUACGCCUCCAUCAACACGCACCUGGGCAUCGAACAGUCCCGGCGUGACGAUCUGGAGUCCCUGGGCUAUGUGCUGAUGUACUUUAACUUGGGCUCGCUGCCCUGGCAGGGCCUCAAGGCCGCCACCAAGAGGCAGAAGUACGAGCGCAUCAGCGAGAAGAAGAUGUCCACCCCCAUCGAGGUGCUCUGCAAGGGCUACCCCUCGGAAUUCUCCACCUACCUUAACUUCUGCCGCUCGUUGCGGUUUGACGACAAGCCCGAUUACUCCUACCUACGGCAGCUCUUCAGGAACCUCUUCCACAGACAGGGCUUCUCCUAUGACUAUGUCUUUGACUGGAACAUGCUCAAAUUUGGUGCUAGCAGGACGGCCGAGGACGGCGAGAGGGAGCGGAGAGGAGCGGAGGAGAGGGACGAGCGGAUCGCGGGGGGGGCCCGGGGCUCAGCUGCCAGGGCCCUACCUCCAGGUCCAAACCCCCCAGCGCCAAACCGGGUCAGGAAUGGCCCAGAGCCAGCAGUCUCAACACCAGCCUCUCGUGUACAGCCAUCCGGGAACACGUCUCCGCGGGCCAUCUCCCGCGUGGAGAGGGAGAGGAAGGUGAGCAUGAGGUUGCACAGGGGUGCCCCCGUCAACGUCUCAUCCUCGGAUCUCACCGCCCGCCACGAUCAGUCUCGCAUCUCCGCGUCGCAGGUCAGCAUGCCGUUUGAGCACCUAGGAAAGUGACGUGCCGGAAUCUUCCAUCCCCUGGAUACGGACAGGACCUCCCCAGUUCCACUUUAUUUUAAUUUAAAAGACAGCGUAACAAAGAAAAUGGAUCAAGGAUCAAUGGAAGAAUUAGGACGGAAAACCAAGGAUGAAGGUCAACGCAGGGCAACCCUUUCAGUCUGAUGGCGAUUCCCUAAAGCCAAGCUUCGAGGCAGAGUAAUCCAACAUCUGUCACUCUAUAGACCCGCCCCUUUGCUGCUCACUGGGACUCAAUAGUCCCUCUUCUGGCAGUUGGUGGGAGUGCCACAAGGGGGUGGAGCCUCCUGGGAAGGACCGAUCUCUCCUACACAGAAUGUAACUGUUACUGCAUGCCAAUACAGUCUUUUGUAAAAAUUG